UGCUGCCACCACCGCUCCGGUCCGGUCACCCCCCUCUCAUCGGCGGCCGCCCUCUCGCAUCGCACGCAGUGCCACUCCCCCGAGCCCCCGCGCCGGCCGCCGCUGCCAUGCUCCUCUCCGGACCGUCGCCGCAGCAGCCCACCCCGCCGCUGCUCCUCCCGGAGAGCAGCGGCGAGGACGGCGGCCACGACUCCUCCUCCCGCGCGGCGGCGUCGGUGGGCGGCGGCGGCGGCGGCCCCAAGAAGCGCGCCGAGACGUGGGUGCAGGACGAGACCCUCUGCCUCAUCGCGCUGCGCCGGGAGAUGGACUCCCACUUCAACACCUCCAAGUCCAACAAGCACCUCUGGGAGGCCAUCUCGGGGAGGAUGCGGGAGCAGGGCUACGACCGCUCCCCGACCAUGUGCACCGACAAGUGGCGGAACCUGCUCAAGGAGUUCAAAAAGGCGCGCAGCCACUCGCGGGGCGGGGCCGGCGCCGUGGGCGCCGGCGGGAAUUGCCCCGCCAAGAUGGCGUGCUACAAGGAGAUCGACGACUUGCUCAAGCGCCGCGGGAAGCCGGCCGGUGGCCAUGUGAAAAGCCCCACGGUCACCUCCAACUCCAAGAUCGAUUCCUACCUGCAAUUCACGGCGGACAAGGGUUUUGAAGAUGCUAACAUUCCUUUUGGCCCUGUUGAAGCAAAUGGCAGAUCCUUGCUAAGCGUCGAAGAUCGACUAGAGCCUGACAGUCAUCCACUUGCGUUAACAGCUGAUGCAGUUGCAACCAACGGUGUGAAUCCAUGGAACUGGAGAGACACCUCUACCAACGGUGGAGAUAAUCAGGUUACUUUUGGUGGGAGAGUGAUUUUAGUCAAGUGGGGUGAUUACACUAAAAGAAUUGGUAUUGAUGGUACUGCGGAAGCAAUUAAAGAAGCCAUCAAAUCGGCAUUUGGUCUAAGAACAAGGCGGGCUUUUUGGCUUGAAGAUGAGGAUGAGGUUGUCCGUUCAUUGGACAGGGAUAUGCCAGUUGGAACAUACACACUUCAUCUUGAUAACGGGAUGACCAUCAAGCUAUAUAUGUUUGAAAAUGAUGAAGUCCGGACGGAAGAUAAAACAUUCUACACUGAAGAGGACUUUCGAGAUUUUCUCUCACGGCGUGGUUGGACACUGCUUAGGGAGUAUUCAGGCUACAGAAUUGCUGAUACUCUUGACGACCUUCGCCCUGGUGUGAUUUACGAGGGGAUGCGAUCACUUGGUGAUUGAUUGGUAACCUUGCCUGACCAAGGCAUAUACUAUAUGUCCAAAGUAGAUAUCAUCUUUGAAUGCAAUCUGAAGCCAAGCAGAGUCCCUGGUUAUUGUAAAAUUAGCUAUUGGCAUCUUGGCCUAAGCUAGUUUCAAAUGUCCAUGCAGAGAAAGGAGAAAAAGUUAUACUGGAUAUACAAUGGUUACCCUAAGUAAAUAGCCUUGGAACUUGAAAAUUGGAAAUAUGAUCAUUCAUCAAGGUGCAAGCUCUCUGAAGAUCCAAAUUUCCAAUGUGGGUUGGCUGAGCACAAAAAUUACAGCUUAAAUGAGCUGUAGUUACUGCCAACAGUUCCUGGGGUCCCUCUGAUUUGUGUAAAUGUAGCUGUUUAGCAUCUUGAUGUAAGAUUCCUAUGUGUUACUCCUGCUGAUGCAG